ACCGCCAUCUUGUGGAUAUCUACUGAUCUUACAUGCAUGAGUGGAAAAAGCCCACCGUACGCUAGAUGGUGCCGUAACACAAAGUAACCCGGUCUGGCUCGUAUGGUUGUGUCAUCUAGACGUUAUAUAGCCUGGUAUAUAAGUGAACCCCAGCUACCCCAGCAAAUAGCUACCCUUUAGCGCGGACCAAAGUUAUCCCGGAAUAAGGACAGCACGCAUGUGCCGUCAACCCGGAUGUAGAUGUUUUGGACGCGGCCGUAUAGUCUAGCUAAGUUAUGACCAAUUCGCUCCCAAAAAAUAUGAAGUAAAUACCUUAGUAGCCUACCGGCUGGAAACAGCGUUAGCAUUUCGAGCCGGUAGAAACCGGGCUGACCCACCGUGACAUGAAUGAACCCACGUGAGGGUCACGUAAGAGUGACAGCCCCAACACAACCUGCUCCCGAUAGAGCUGCACUCUGUACUAACCGGAUCACGAGCGGAAAGCGUCCUGUGACUUAAGAGGAUGGACUUCCGCGGCAGGAGGCAUGAGCGGGGAAGCAACUGGACCGACCCGGAGAUAGUGGAGCUGCUCCAGCUGUGGUCCGACGAGUCGGUCCAGAUGGAGUUGGAGAGCUCAUUGCGCAACCAGCGUGUAUUUGACCGCAUAGCCCACAUUUUGCGGGAGAAGGGCAUCUACCGCACCGGGGACCAGUGCCGGGAGAAGAUCAAAAAGAUGAAGCUGGAGUACCGCCGCAUUAAGGACAACCACAAGAUGAGGUCGUGGAAGUUCUACGAUGUGAUGGACCGGGUGCUGGCCAACCGACCCGCUGUCACCUACUCCUCCAUGGGUGGAGCUGUCAUAGCCCAACAGGUGUUUCAGAGCCAGGGUGGGCCUGUGGCAUACCUGCAAGGACCUCCAGCAGGCGCCUUUGGCCCCACCUCCUCAGGUGGGUUCCUGUUUGGUCAGCCUCCGGAAGCUGGGGAUCCACUGGCCAUUAAGUGUGAAGAUGUUGAGGAAAGCAUGCUGAAUAGUGACGACCCUCCCCCCGAGAUGUACUACGGAUCUGGAGAUGACCAGGAGACUGACGGGCAGUCUCUCCUGGGGCCCGAGGACUCUCUGGGUCGAGGAGACGUCUCGACAAAUGCGAGAAUCUCACCUUCAGGUUUCAGUGACCUGAACAUUGGUGGAUCUGCCGCAGACGCCGUCCCCGCGCCGCCGAGUAAGCAGGCUACUGGUCCCCCGACGUCUGUUAGACAGAGGAAGCGACGCCUGGGUGGCAAAACCCCUCGGGGCCACGGGGCCGCCAGGUGCGGCAGUCAAAAGAGCCUGGACAGAGCCAUGGCCAGCUUCCUGAAGUGGCAGCAGUCGGCGGAGGAGCGCCUCCUCUCCCUGGAGGAGGCGCGGCUGGAGAGGGAGCUGCAGGCCGAGGAGCGCAGGGAACAGCGGGAGGAGAAGAGGGCGGAGGAGGAGCGCCAGCACGAACUGCGCCUGUUCAGCAUGCUCACGCGGGCACUGGCCGCCGUGAAGCAGGGCGCCGCGGCGGCGACGCCGACCGAGCCGUCCCUCUCGUCCCCGGCUCACCCGCCGGCCCCCCCGCCGGUGACCAGAGCCGCCGCCGCCGCCGCCGCCCCCCCCUCUGUCACGUCGUCGCUGCCUCAGCCCCCCUCGGAGGCUCUCGCCACACGGGCGGGUCCCCGUCAGAAGCCAACCGCGCCUACACCCGUGAAGGCCUGCGAAGUGUCCCCGCACGUUUUGGCAACUCCGAGAGCCACGUCGCCCGUCGGCCACAGCGUGUACCUGUCCGACCGCGGCAACAGCAUCCGGCAGACCCACGGCAUUCUCCAGGAGAGCUUUGCCCAGUAUGCAAUGGACAAAUACCACACCACGGAGAACCCCCACGGUAUAAUCAACAUGGGUACCAGUGAGAACAAGCUCUGCUAUGAUCUUCUCUAUAAACGGCUCACCAAGCCGGACAUGCUCCACAUUGGCUCAGCCUUGCUGCAGUAUUCCGACUGGCGGGGACACACGUUUCUGAGAGAGGAGGUUGCAAAGUUCCUGACUCACUACUGCUGUUCUCCAAAACCACUGAAAGCCGAUAACGUUGUGGUGAUGAAUGGCUGCAGUUCCCUCUUCUCAUGUAUUGCUGCAGUAAUUUGUGACCCUAAAGAUGCCAUUCUCAUUCCCACUCCUUUCUACGGCGUCAUCACUGAGGAUCUACAUUUGUACAGUGAUGUCAAUCUCUUCCAUGUUCCUCUUAACUGUGAGGCCGACGGGAAAGGCGGGCAGCCCUUCCACCUUACUGUGAGCAAACUCGAGGAAGGACUCGAAAGGGCUAAACAAAAGGGGUUGACUAUCCGAGCGGUUAUACUGAUGAACCCCCACAACCCUCUGGCUGAGAUCUACACUCCCGAAGAGAUGAUUGCCUUCUUGGAGUUUGCCAAAAGAAAUGAGCUCCACUCCAUCAUUGAUGAAAUUUACAUGCUGACGGUCUUUGAAGAACCUGUUGCCUUUCACAGUGUCCUCCGGAUAGACAGUUUGCCCGACGCACAGAGGACACACGUCAUGUGGGGUCUGAGCAAGGACUUUGCAAUGGCUGGAACCAGACUAGGCACUCUGUAUACUGAGAACACAGACCUUGUGGAGGCUAUGGCCAAGCUGGGCGCUUUCCACGGUAUCUCUGGUACAACCCAGCACCAGGUGGCACAACUGCUCCAGGACAGAGAGUGGAUCAGCGACGAGUUUUUGCCCAAGAACCGAUGCAGACUGAAAGCUGCUCACACUUACCUGACUGGAGAGCUGCUGAGUAUGAGAAUCCCCUACCUGCACAGAGCUGCUUCACUGUUUGUCUGGGCCGACUUCCGCGAGUACCUCAGAGAGUCCACGUUUGAGGAGGAGUUGGCCCUGUGGAGGCGUUUCCUCAGACACAAGGUGGUGUUGAGUUGCGGUCAGGCCUUCUUCUGCCCCACGCCCGGCUGGUUCCGUAUCGUCUUCGCGGACCAACAGCACCACCUUCAGCUCGGCUUGAAGCGAAUUAGGAAGGCCUUGCGAGAAAUGGAAGAGGAAAGCGGCAGCCCUUAUUCGCCCGUCAAAGAAGCCGCUGAGAACGGCAGCAGAUCUGUGAAAGAGGACAGUGCCGAUUCAGACAAUGCUGCGGUUGUCAAUUCAACAUCAUCACCUCAGAGCAAGUCAUCAGACCAAGAGAAGGAGAAGGACAGCCCUGUCCCUGACACCGGCUCGCUGGCCGCUGACGAGUUUGUGUUGCUGGACUGCCAAGCAUCCAAGCCGGCAGAGAGCCUGGCCUCUCUGAUCGGCACGCUCAGCCACCAGAUCAAUGCCUCCGAUUGGCUGGAGAAAAACACUCCGGAGCUGUCUGCUGGGGAGGACCCAGAGAUUCUCGAUGUGUUCAAGGCCCUGCUCCAAAGAGCCGGGAAGUAAGCUUAGGAUAAAACUGGCACCAAUGCAGCUGCCAAAUUUCAAGAGUCGGCCCCUAUAGCGUCUUUUUUUUGUCCCUGCUUUUACGGGCGAAGCUUGAAGCAAACCCAAAGACGCACAGUCAAAGUUUGGCAGAUUUUUAGAGAGUAUAAAACAUUACCUAAGAGCAGCGUAAAAAGGAGGCCAGUGUGGAAGGAAACGACAAAGUGCUUCUCUACCUGCAUCUCAAGGCCUUAUUCUCCAUCCGCAAAGGGACACGGCUUUGUUUAUUUUGUAAUCCAUCUUGCUAAAAUGUAAUCCAGCUUGCUAAAAUGUAUGUUUAUUUACUGCAUGCUAUGUGAAUGCCAAAUUUAAAUCAAUCAAAAUCAGUUGGGCUGUAUCCUUUUUAAUUGUUACCUUAAAAAUACAUGCACUCUAUUAUUUGUUUAGAUGCACUUUAUUUUAUCAGAAGGUAUUGUACUUUCUGUCAUCGUGUAAUGAUCUGUGAAUAAAUAUUAUUCUUUA